AUGCAAUGGAUUAAAUCUGUUUAUAAUGAUAUUGUUUCUACUGAAUUAGACGAUGGACCAAAAGUAGAAGAAUUAUUUGAAACAUUACCAACUGCAGAAGAUAAAACAACUAUUAUUUAUGAUAUAUAUUCAAGUUCUCAUACAAAUCAUUCAGUAUUUCUUCAACAUUUAAAUCAAUUAACUGAAUUAUUAAAAAAUGCUGAUGUAAAAACAGAUAGUCAAAUGAUUAAAUUUAUUUGUUUGAUAUUAAAAGAAAUUACAACAAAGCCAAGAAAUAAAGAUGGAUUUGAAGAGGAAUUAUUAGUUGAAGGAAUUUAUAAAGAACUUCCAAAUUUUGAUUAUGUUUUAUGUUCUAAAUUAGAUGGAAUGAAAGAUAUUCAAACAAUUCAAACUAUAUUAUCUACAAUUACAUAUUUCUUAAAAACAUAUAAAUCAUAUGCAAAAUUUACAUGUUUCUUUGAAAUGUCACAAUUAUAUCCUUUGUUUAUUCAAAAUCUCACUAAUUCUUAUAUGCAUACUGAUAUUGCAAUAUUUUUAACUACUAUUUGUAAAGAUAAUCAAGAACUUCAAAAAUUACUUGUAUUUAAUGGUAUUUUUGAUGUUAUUUUUCAAGCAUUUGAUGAAGCUCAAUAUAUUAAAAAUCCAAGAAAAAUUAUAUUAUAUUUUGAUUUAUUAAAAGUGUUGUUAGAUAAUAAUAAUCAAAAUGAAUAUAAUUUUAGAGAAUUAAAUUAUGGAAAAUCUCUUCUUAAAUUUUUUGAUGAUGUAAAACUACAAACAAUUGCUGAUUUACAAGAUGAUCAAUUAGAAUGUAUUAUUCAUAUUUAUUCAGUUCUUGAAUUAUUCUUUAAUUCUAAUAUUCCUUCAUAUAAAAUAAAUCAAAAAUAUUUUGUUUCUCUUGGAUUAUUAGAAAUUAUUGGUAGUUUAUCUUUAUCAGAUAUUCCAUAUCCUUCUUCUUUCUUACUUUUCUUAAAAACAGUUUGUUUAUUAAAUUAUUAA